UGUGAUAUUGGGCUAUACAAAAUACACUGAAUUGAAUUUAAUUGAAUUAAUAUUGUAAUUACUAUUAUCAUUAUUUAAUUAUGCAAAAAAGGGUUCUCUUAUGGUACCGCCCAUUCUGUCUGUCCACCCAAUCACAUCAGAGAAGAAAGAACACAGUCUUUAUAAAUAUGAACUCGGCUGCAGAAAGACACAUUAGAGUCAGGACCUUGUGUUUUGUGUUUGUUUUUUUGCUUUUGUGGUUUCCCUGGUGGUCUCUGUGGUUCUUGUUCUGGUGGUUCUGGACCCGGUGGUGCUGGUCCUACGGUUGCUGAGGGUUCUAGUCCUGGUAUUGGGGAUCAGUGAGGACAUGGAGCGUCGUCAGAGUCUGGAGGAUCAGCUCAGGCGUCCUGUCUGUCUUGACGUCUUCACUGAACCACUAAUGUUACAGUGUGGACACUCCUACUGCAGGUGUUGUGUGCGCUCCAUGACAAUGGACCUGCUGGGUCAGCUGCAGUGUCCUGUGUGUGGCUGUGCUGUCGAUGGAGACAGUCCUCCUCCCAACGUCAGCUUGGUUCGAAUCAUAGACGCUCUGCAGAGUUUUGUUUAUCCUGACAGGAGGGAGCAUGCUUAUCAAGCAGGGAAGAUAAACCUUCAGUCCAGUACGUUCAGUGCGAAUAUUGACAUCCAUCCAUCCAUCCAUCCAUUAUCACCCGCUUAUCCGGGGUCGGGUCGCGGUGGCAGCAGGUUCAGCAGGCCGACCCAGCACAGCUCCUACUGCAGGCGUACAGAGACCGGACAUAAGUACGGAUCGAUUGCUCCAAGGUUCAGAGAGAUUCAGGAGCUCCAGAAGAAGGAAGAGAGGAUCUUCAGCUCUCUGAACUUUAAAACUGGUUUCAACCACAACGACAUUAAACUCACUGUGUGGAAGAGACUACAGAGAAAGGUCCUGCCAGCACCAGAGCUGAUGAGGCUGGAUCCUCAGACUGCUCACCCGAUGUUGGAACUCUCAUCGGGACACGUGGUGAGCUGUGGGGCUCUGCUGCGGCGGCUUCCUGAUAAUCCAGAGAGGUUCAGUUACAGUUACUGUGUCUUGGCCAACCGAGGCUUCUCCUCUGGGAAACACUACUGGGAGGUGGAGGUUGCUAACAAACCUAAAUGGCGUCUCGGUUUGAUCAAAGGAACGACCAAUCGUAAGGCCAAGCUGGGGAAGAAUCCAGAGAGUGGAGUGUGGUUGAUUGGACUGAAGGACGGAGUUUAUGAAGCCUUCUCUUCCCCCAGGGUGGUCCUGCCGGUGCCUUCUCCCCCUCACCGGGUGGGUCUCUUCUUGGACUAUGAGGGCAGAGGUCUGACCUUCUAUAACAGUGACAGUCCUGAUGAGCUCAGCUUCAUAUAUAGCUUCAAGCUAGAGGUCCAGGGGAAAGUCUACCCCCUGCUAGACGUCUGCUGGCAUGACCGAAGACACAACAAGAAGACCCUGGUCCUCCCCCAGCCUCACAAGGAGCACCUCCUCGCCCAGCCCCAGAAACACGCAGACAAGUCUACCAGCUCAGAAACACAACAAGCUUAAAGGAAUCCUGCAGUCAGCUGUAUUGGAAACUGCCUACUACAUACUACUGCGUUCAUAAGAAGUAUAUAGUAUACGGAACAUAAUAUUUAAAUCAGAUACUGCUCGGUGGUGGACUACCUGGCAGUAGCUUAUUCAAACCAUAUUACACGUAGAAGCUACUGUUUAUACUAUGAAGUUGGUAAAUAUAUGUGUUCUGAUAAAGAGGCGAUGAGCUAUUCUGUCUAUUUAGAAAUAACAUCUUUCCCACUUUGAAAUUACAUUGGUUUCAAUGUGAUGUAUGCAUUUGUUAAACUGUUUUACAAGUGUUCAUCAUCGUGCACAUUUGCAAAUCUUGUAUCAUGUCAUUCAUAUUUGUGACCAUUUUUUAAUUAAUUACACUCCAUAGUGAAACAAUUGUUUGGUUAAACAAAACCCGUUUGUAAAGAAUAGAAAACAGACCAUGA